AUGGCGGACGCACAGAGCAACCGGCCGCAUCGGCCAAAGAAAGAGAAGAAACCGCAUACUGGAGACAAGAAUCCCAAAGCUUUCGCAUUCUCUGCGCCUGGUAAACUGAAGAGGCAGGCCGCGCGCUCCACAGAAGUCAAAGAGAAGCGCCUCCACGUACCACUCGUUGACCGUCUUCCCGAAGAAGCUCCUCCAAUCAUUGUCGGUGUCGUCGGUCCUCCCGGUGUCGGCAAAACCACUCUUAUCAAGAGUUUAAUCAGACGAUACACCAAGCAGACCCUCUCUACGCCCACUGGUCCCCUCACUGUCGUUACCUCGAAGCGCAGACGUCUUACCUUCCUAGAAUGUCCCGCCGACUCCCUCGCCAGCAUGAUCGACAUCGCGAAAGUGGUGGAUAUAGUCUUGUUGAUGAUUGAUGGCAACUACGGCUUCGAGAUGGAGACCAUGGAGUUCUUGAACGUCCUAAGCGCAAGUGGUAUGCCAGGAAACGUCUUCGGAAUCCUGACACAUCUGGAUCUGUUCAGGAAACAAGAGACGCUCAAGCUGCAGAAGAAGAGACUCAAGCACAGGUUUUGGAGCGAGUUGUACCAAGGUGCGAAGCUCUUCUACCUCAGUGGUGUGGUGAACGGGCGAUACCCGGACAGAGAGAUAAUGAAUCUUUCGAGGUUUCUGAGUGUCAUGAAGAAUCCGAGACCGCUGGUAUGGAGGAACUCGCAUCCGUACUGUUUGGCGGAUAGGUUUUUGGACAUCACGCCUCCAACCGAUAUCGAACAGAACCCGAAAUGCGAUCGCACGGUAGCAUUGUACGGAUAUCUGCGCGGCACAAACUUUCCUGCUGGAGGGUCGAGGGUGCACAUACCUGGUGUUGGAGACCUCACAGUUACCUCCACGGAAGCGCUGCCCGAUCCAUGUCCAACGCCCUUUGCUGAGAAAGCUGUCGAAAAAGCCUCCGGAAAGAAGAAGCGCACAAGAUUGGGCGAGAAGCAGAAGAUUCUGUAUGCUCCAAUGUCGGAUGUCGGCGGUGUGCUUGUCGACAAAGACGCCGUCUACAUUGAUGUCAAGACUGCGACAUUCGACCCUGAGGCUGACUACUCAGAGAAGGGACUGGGUGAGCAAAUGAUGAUCGGACUGCAGGGUGGGCGAAAGCUCCUUGGCGAAGACGAUGGAAACUUCAGGCUCUUCAAAGAUGGCGAAGUCGUGGAUAGGAAGGCUCUCGAGGAUGAUACCGCGGAUACGGGCCGACGGUCUCAACGGAAAGCUAGAGCAGCAGACGCUGAAGAGGUCGACGACGAGGAUCUUGAGGGAAUUGAUAGCGACGACGAAGAACUACAGCAAGACCAUAGCGAUGCGGACGACGACGAAGAUGAUACUGGGUUCCUUGACACCAAUGGACCACCAAACGGCAAGCUGAAGGUCUCGCGCAAAGAGAAGGAUGCAGAUACAGUUGAGGAUGUGGCAUUUGCAGACAGUGACUCUGAUCUAGGUUCGAUAUCUGGUGAUGAACCUGAUCUGGAAGACCUUGCGGGUGACCUUGAUUCGCAAGACUCCGAUGAGGAUGACAUUGAAGACGGCGCACGAUGGAAGGCCAAUCUUCAGGAGAAUGCUGCGAAACUACACGGACGAAAACGGCCGUAUCGCGUCACAGAUCUGGCGAAGAUGAUGUACAAUAUGGAUCUAGCGCCAGAAGAGGUCAUCAAGAAAUGGAGAGGCGAUGAAGAGGAGGAAGACAUCGAUGAAGAAGGUGACGAAGAUGACGGCUUCUUCAGCAAGAGAACAGCCGACGACGCUACCAAUGCCGAGGACCGCUAUAUCCCCAAGUUCAACUACCAAGAGUUGGAAGAGAAGUGGGAAGACGAGGAAAACGUUGAGGCUCUCAUGGGCCGCUUUGCUACCGGUCAUAUGAACGGCAAGGGCGGUGACGAUGAUGAAGAAAACGACGAUUUUGAAGGUUUUGACGAAGAUGAUGAAGGUGACGGCGAGUUUGAAGAUUUGGAAACCGGCGAGAAGCACGGUGGCGAGACUGAGGAAACUGGCGCCGAAGCUGAAGCAAACUCAAUUGAAGCAGAGCGCGAGAAGAACGCACGGCGGAAAGAAGAGCUAAAGCUUCGAUUUGAAGAAGAAGACCGUGAAGGCUUCAUGAACGAUAAAGCUGAUGCACGGAAAGAAGGUGACAAAGAGGAAGAGUUUGGUGAAGACGACUGGUACGACGCACAAAAGGCUAUGAUUCAGAAGCAGCUCGACAUCAACCGCGCCGAAUUCGACCAGCUGGAUGAGCUAUCUCGCGUUCGCGUUGAGGGUCACAAGGCGGGUACUUAUGCACGUAUUGUGCUCGAAAAAGUACCUUACGAGUUCUCUGCGCAUUUCAACCCACGAUUCCCUGUUCUUAUCGGUGGUCUGACCCCAACUGAAGAGCGUUUCGGUUUCGUUCAGAUCCGUAUCAAACGCCACAGGUGGCACAAGAAGAUCCUCAAGACUAACGAUCCCCUCAUCUUCUCCUUGGGCUGGCGGCGGUUCCAGACCACCCCAAUCUAUAGUAUUUCCGAUUCACGGACAAGGAAUCGCAUGCUGAAGUACACCCCCGAACACAUGCAUUGUUUCGGUACCUUCUAUGGCCCAUUGGUCGCCCCGAACACCGGAUUCGUUUGCAUCCAGUCUCUCUCGAAUAAGACGCCCGGUUUCAGGAUCGCAGCAACAGGUGUCGUACUCAACGUAGACGAAUCCACCGAGAUAGUAAAGAAACUCAAACUCACCGGCCACCCCUACAAGAUUUUCAAGAACACCGCUUUUAUCAAAGACAUGUUCAAAUCCAGCCUCGAAAUUGCAAAAUUCGAAGGCGCCAGCAUACGCACAGUUUCCGGUGUGCGUGGACAAAUCAAGCGCGCACUAAGCAAGCCAGAAGGAAAUUUCCGUGCUACCUUUGAAGAUAAGAUCCUUAUGAGCGACAUCGUCUUCCUAAGAGCUUGGUACCCCAUCAAGCCCCGCCGCUUCUACAACACCGUUACCAACCUGCUUAACCCCGCCACCCCUGACCAAGAAGGCGAAAGCACCUCCUGGCAAGGUAUGCGUCUCACAGGUGUGGUACGCUACGAGAAUGGCAUCGCUACACCGUCUGAGAAGAACUCUGCCUACCGCCCGGUCGUCCGCGAGACCCGUGUCUUCAACCCACUCCGCGUGCCUCGCAAACUCGCCGCAGAUCUUCCCUUCAAAUCGCAGAUCGCUACGACGAAGCCUCAGAAGAAGCAGACAUACAUGCAGAAGCGUGCUGUCGUCCUCGGUGGUGAGGAGAAGAAGGCUCGAAGACUCAUGGACCAGGUCAUUGCUAUUCGCAAUGACAAGGUGGAGAAGAGGCGUAAGAAGCAGGAAGAGAGGAAAGAUCCGUACAAGAAGAAGGUGGCUGAGAAUGCUGAGAAGAGAGCGGAGCGCGAGAAGAGGGAGAAGCAGGAGUACUGGGCCAGGGAGGGCAAGAAGAGGAGUCACCAAGGCGAGGACGGUGGUGGUGGAGGCAAGAGGAGGAAGUAG